AUGGAGCCCAGCGGCACCCGUGUGCCGAUGGAGAUUGUGCUGCUGAACAAGGUGGGCUCUGGCUUCCGCGGCGUCAUCCACCUCCUCGACUGGUUUGAGCUGCCCGACAGCUUCGUGCUGGUGCUGGAGCGUCCGGAGUCAUCGCAGGAUCUCUUUGACUUCAUCACGGAGCGGGGGUCCCUGUCCGAGGAGCUGGCGCGGGGGCUUUUCCGCCAGGUGCUGGAGGCCGUGCGGCACUGCAACAACUGCGGCGUCCUGCACCGCGACAUCAAGGACGAGAACAUCGUCAUCGACCUCUCCACCGGCGAGCUCAAGCUCAUCGACUUUGGUUCCGGCACCUUCCUCAAGGACACCGUCUACACCGCAUUUGACGGAACGCGGGUGUACAGCCCUCCAGAGUGGGUCCGCUACCACCGCUACCACGGCCGUCCGGCCACCAUCUGGUCCCUGGGCGUGCUGCUCUACAACAUGGUUUGCGGGGAUGUCCCCUUCGAGCAGGACGAGGACAUCAUCCGGGGACAGCUCUUCUUCCGACGGCGGGUUUCUCGAGAGUGCCAGGACCUCAUCGGGUGGUGUUUGUCCAUGCGGCCCUCGGACAGGCCAUCUUUGGAGGACAUUUUCAACCAUCCUUGGCUGCAAAGCAUUCACCUGCCCCAGGAGACAGCAGAGAUCCACCUGCACAGUUUGAUCCAGGAGCCUGGCAAGUAA